AUGCGGUUCAACCUGACGAUGUUGAGAGCGUCGGACGUAUCCUCUAAACUCAACACCAAGCACCUCAUCACGCAACUUCGGGCCGAGAUCAACUUCCACAAGGAGGAGGGAGGGAAAAAGCAAAUCCAGAUCAACCACCUCGAGAGGAAGGUCGAAUCAUUGGAGCGGGAGAAGGGCACGAUGCAGGCGGAGUUGGUGGCGAAGACAAAGGCGCUCGCGCAACUACAGAAAGCGUUCGACGCACUGAAGAAUACCGCGGCGACAAUCUCAGUUGCAAAUGUGGGGGAGAGGGAGAGCGUGCCGCAGAGGGUGACGGAGGAAGCCACCCCGGUACCACCCUAA